AUGUUGUUCAAACGUGUCAUCCUAUUCUUGCUGAUAGCUCUUUCGGUAUCAGCUCGGGCUGAAGGAGACGAAUAUGCCUCAGACCCAAAUAUUUACGAAUUGACACCUUCCAAUUUUGACAAAGUAAUCCAGAAGACAAACUACACCUCCAUAGUCAAGUUCUACGCACCAUGGUGUGGCUACUGUCAGCAAUUAAAGCCGGCUUACAAGAAGUUGGGCAAGUACUUGCACCAAGAUAGCCAGUAUGCCGUGAAUGUUGCUGCUGUUAACUGUGACAAAGACUACAAUAAACCUCUUUGUGCCCAAUACAAAAUCUCAGGCUUCCCUACUGUGAUGGUCUUCAGACCUCCCAAGCAUGUAGACGGGAAGGAGUAUCGUAAGAACGAAAAACAUGCUAGUGAAGUCUACAAUGGCGAAAGAUCAUUAAAAGCUAUGGUUCAAUUUCUCAAUUCGAGACUAAAGAACUAUGUGAAGAAAAUUCCUGGUUUCGCUAGUGAAACUUUCAACCUGUGGACAACAGCCGACGACUCCUUUUCCAAAGUAAUUUUACUUACCAAGUCACAACAGGUGAGUCCCUUGUUGAAAUCGCUUGCUAUUGAUUUCCUCAAUAGUGUCAAAUUUGGAAUGAUAUCUUCCAAGUCUUUGAAAGGUGAUGAAGUAAUUGUGGAUGGAAAAGAGUUCGCCUUGCCAAAAAAUGAGGAUGGUUCUAUUGCUCUUCCUGCUUUGUUUUAUUAUGAUAAAGAAAAGGGUGAGCUUGUUCAUUACAAGAAUGACGGAAAGUUGAACGAUAAGAAAAAGAUCUCUCAAUGGGUAGUUUCUGUCAGUGGAGCAACUCCAGCUGAAGGACCUUUGUCGAAGAAGGAACAAAAGUAUUACUACAAGUACAGAACAGGUAAGAAGGCAAAGAAGAAUGUCGAGCACGACGAGUUGUGA